AUGGACCUUACAGCAGAAGAUGACGACUUGUUGAGCUACUUUCUGUCUGCUGAUGUCACAGCGGAAGUGCCUCCACAGCUGCAAUCAAGCACAUCUGAUCCAGGCACAGGAGAUGUCACGAUUGAACAGUUUACAGUCGGUCAAACGGUCCCUUUAGACUCGGAGCAGACGUUUGAUAGCGAUUUGCUAGCGACUGAAACACCCGUUAGCAGUAACUCGAGCUUCCAGCAGACACAGAAUAGCUUUCCAGAGUGUUCUAUGAUGCGUCCAAUGACCAACGACGAUGACUCGUUGUCCAAUAUGGGGGCGUUGGACACGGACGAGAAGCGACAGCGGCGACUGGCAAGAAAUCGAGAGUCAGCACGUCAAAGUCGCCGUCGUAAGAAACAAUAUCUGGAGCUGUUGGAGGAAAAGGUUGCCCAAUUGACCGAGAGUAUCGACACGACUCGAGCGAGUCACUUGGAGCGCGCAGAUGAGGCACUGAAUCAAGUACGAUCGGAAAUAUUGAAAAGCCUUGCGGCUGAUAGGAAAAAUGGCGGCUCAGACGAGGCUAUCCAGGAAAAGAUCCGACAAGGUAUUUUGCUGAUUCAGGAGCGCUUUGGACCAAACGGUGUGGAGCGACUUGCUGUCAAGGACUACAAUUUUCGUCAACUUGACAACCUGCUGCUGCCUCCGUACUGCCGUUUUCUGUUGUGGCUCAGUAUCCAAGAUGAAUCGUUCUUUGAUGAAGCUGAUGGAAUGGGGGCAAAGAAUGCUGUAGAUGCACCAGAGAAGAAGAAAGUCCCUGUUACGGUGAAGAAGGACACGCUUUGGUCGACUCUGACAAACGACCUUGCUCUUACCUACGAGCAGGACGAGAAAUUAAAGUCGUUGUACAAGUCAGACGACUCAAAAAACGGCAAAUCGGAACGCCGACGGGUAGCAAUGGCUGUGACUUAUUUAAGCAAGCUGAAGAAAAGCCUCGAGCAGCGCUCGGAAGCGGUCCAACGACAAACGGAAAUGUUACACUCCAUUUUGACGCCAGAGCAGUCACUCACAUAUUUACGGUGGGUAGAUGCCAACCAGGAUCGAUUGCCAGACUUUGUGGAUAAAACGCUUAACUCGAGUGCUUCCGAUGCGGUGCGCGAUAUUCUGAGAAAGGAUGACCGCGAUCUAACGGUCGAGGACGUGACUGCAUUGCUUAGAGAGCUGUAG